ACAAGCAGCUAUGAAAAGCUUUGUCUUUUUCGGUAUUCUGUGGCUCACCCUUGGGUAUGUAAGGCAAGCCUCCCAAUCCAUGAUUGAUUAUUUGGCGAAAAACAUUGAUCCUCCUGUUGAAAAGUGUCCUAAUCAGACUUCUAUCUAUGGUGCUACAUGUAUCAAGCUCUAUGACACGACUAUCUAUCGGUGUCCUUAUGGAUUCUACUAUAACUCAGCUUGCCAGCUAGGAAGAGUAUUCACAGGACAAGUGCCUCUGAAUGUCCCAUAUCAUGACUCUAUGGAAAACAAAGAAAGCCAAAAUUAUAUAGAAUUAUAUGAUAAUCUCACUCAUUUUUUCAACAAAACUUUUGAAGGAAAUGAUCUUCAAGAAAUAACCAUUUUUAGUGUGAAGUAAGUGUGGUGGGUUUGU